AUUCAAGGCAGCGAUAUUCGCCCUAUGGUCUGCUCGUGGGGGCCGGGGGCCGAAAACAGCCACAGGGCUGAAAGUGUCUCAUCGAGAACCGAAGCAACGAAACAGAGCUCACGGGAUCACCGACUGAAGGAACGUGAAAGACAUCGUGGAAAUUGCAGUGCGAGCUCGUCCAAUCCAUGCCCUGGCUUGCUUCCCACUCUCCUCAAGGCCAACAGCAUUCAAGGCAGAUCAUAGGCUGGCCUUGGCUUCACCAUCCGUGGCCCCCAAGAGAACCGAUGGCGAAAGAUACAUCAAAGAAGAUGAAGAUGGCCUGGAAAACAUAUAAAAACCUGCACAAGUCGGCUUCACAGAGCAUCCAUCCACUCACUCACUCACUCACUCAUCACUCACUUCCAUUCUUUCACUUCUCUCCCAACCUUCCUUACAGUCAAAACUGUGCAAGAUGCUCAACCUGAAGGUCUUCGCUGUCGCCGUCCUGCUGCUCUCCAGCCAGGCAUUUGCUGGACGAAUUGUGUAUAAAACCAAAUACAGCAGCGGCGGUGUCGAUCGGAAAGGAGGCGAUGAGACCAAAAACGCCGGCCGAAUCACCGACGAACAGCGCGAUACGAUCCUCAAGGACAUCGGCACUUGGUCGGAGAACAAGAUUUCCGCCAGUGUUCACGAACUCACCGAUAUCCUGACCGUCCGGAGCGCCGAAGUCGAAACCAAGCUAGAAGCAACCACGGCCAACCAGAAUGCGGAGCACCUGGUCAAGCAGCAUAUCUAAGAAAAUGGAAUGAUCGUUACAUUCCAUGCAGCAAGAUCGAUGGCUUGAUGACAAUGAGAUUGGUUCUGGACGGAUUGCGGCGGUGGCUCAGGAUAGCUCGUAGUCGUUGUAUGGAGUUCUCUCUCGGGGGAGUUUAAGCUCGGCCGACUACCAGC